AUGGCCAACCUCCUGCAGCCUCAGUUGCCUCCAGCGCAGGAGUCAGGUUCCACCUCACCCCUGGAGCUGCCGGAGAUGGAGAAACUCCUCACCAAGGUAGAGGACAAGGAUGACAAGACCCUGAAUCUGUCCAAGUCCCUCUCAGGAGCUCUGGAUCUGGAGCAGAAUGGCCACAGCCUGCCCUACAAGGCGAUCUCUGAGAAGCACCUGGAGGCCUCACUUCCCCGGUCCCCCUCACGGGCCAGCUCGAGGCGGGCGUCCUCCGUUGCCACCACCUCCUACGCCCAGGACCAGGAAGUCCCCAAAGAUUACCUCAUCCUUGCCAUUGUCUCUUGCUUCUGCCCUGUCUGGCCCCUCAACCUCAUCCCCCUCAUCUUUUCUAUCAUGUCUCGGAGUAGCGUGCAGCAGGGGGACCGGGAUGGGGCCCGGAGGCUGGGGCGCCUGGCCCGGCUGCUCAGCAUCACCUUCAUCGUCAUGGGGAUCGUCAUCAUCAUUGUGGCUGUGACCGUCAACUUCACAGGUGAGGCCCAGCCCCUCCGCACAGAGUGA